CAUCAUGCGACCGGGCCAGCUGUGACUCACAUGAGCACACUGGCUGUAACACAGACUACUUUUUAAAUGUUUGUUGUGUUCAAGGGGUAAACCGAGCUAAUUGUGAAUUAUGAGCUCUCAGAUUACAUGUGUCGGUUGGGUGAAGCGGGGUGUCGCAAAGGAAACACCGGAUAAGGUUGAACUGAGUCCAGAGGAGCUCCGUCACAUCAUAACCGAGGCAAAAGAAGAACUCGGGAAACAUGAUCCUGAGGAUGAAGAAGAGGAUGACGAGGCCACGACUGCUGAACCGAGUUCUGAUGUUACAGCAGACGCUGCCGGAGUCCCAAAUAACAAGAAGGAAGGAGGACGAGGCGAAGAUGACGAGUUAGCCGAAUACGAAUUAGAAAAAUAUGACGAGGAUACAGACGCAGCUAACCUCGGCGAUAGUCUGGCUGGACUCACAGUGUUCAGCUCCAACGAGGAGGAUCCUUACAUCACCCUCAAAGACACCGACCAGUAUGAGCGGGUGGACUUUCAAAUCAAGCCCAGCGACAAUCUCAUCCUUUCAGGCAAAGCAGAGAAAGACUGCUGCAGUUUGGACGUUUACAUCUAUAACUCUGAAGAGGAUUCGCUGUACGUUCAUCAUCAUAUAUUUCUGCCAGCUUACCCGCUGUGCGUGGAGUGGCUGAACUUUGACCCAAGUCCUGGAGAAGGAACAGGUAACUAUGCUGCUGUGGGCAACAUGACUCCACAGAUCGACGUGUGGGACUUGGAUUUAGUUGACUGUUUAGAGCCACUUUUCUCUCUUGGUAGCAAAAAGGCCUCCAAGAAAAAGAAAACAAAGAGCAAGAAGGCGGCCGCAGAGCCAGUUGAGGGCCACACAGAUGCAGUGCUCGAUUUGUCCUGGAACAAACUCGUCAGUAAUGUCUUGGCAAGUGGAUCAGCAGACGACACUGUGAUUUUGUGGGAUCUGACUCAAGGAAAACCAGCCACAACUCUGCACCGGCACAGUGACAAGGUUCAGACUUUAUCAUUCCACCCGUUUGAGGCUCAGACACUGAUUUCAGGGUCAUUUGACAAGACCGCUGUGCUGUACGACUGUCGUAAUCCAGAUGUUAGCUAUCGAACCUGGAGGUUUAGUGGUCAAGUGGAGCGACUGAUUUGGAACCAUUUUUCACCCUGCAACUUCUUGGCCAGCACCGACGACGGUUUUGUCUACUGUCUGGAUGCACGUUCAGAUAAGCCGGUGUUCACGCUGAAGGCGCAUGAUGAAGAAGUGUCAGGUUUGUCCCUCAGCAGCCAGAUUAAAGGUUGUUUAGUCACUUCAUCAUCAGACAGACAUGUGAAGAUUUGGGACAUUUUGAAUAACAAACCUAGUCUGGUGCAUUCACGUGAUAUGAAGAUGGGUGUGAUGUUCUGCGCUGCCUGUUGCCCUGAUCUUCCCUUCGUCUAUGCGUUCGGCGGACAGAAGGACGGUUUACGUGUUUGGGACAUAAGUGAUGUUGCAGCAGUGGCCGAAGUGUUUGGCGGUCGGCAGCCUCUGAUGGUGAGCACAAGUUCAGAAGUGGCCGGCGCAGCAGAAAUGGACGUGUCCUGAUGAUGCAGCCUGUGCACAUUAAAUAAACUGUCAGCGUCUUCGUCUUGGUGUCUCAGCA